AUGGCCCCCUGCAAGCUGUUCACCACCGUGUUACUUCUCGCAGUGCUGGGCGCACGCCCCCCGAGCGUCUUCCCUCCAUUUGGAGAUGCUACAAGGACAGGGGAAGGCACACUUGUGGGGGAGCUAAACGUGGGAGGUGAAACGGGCCAGUUUGAUGACCUGUCUCGCUUUAGCAGGGAGCUGCUUGAGCCUCUUUCGCGUUUCUUGAAGAGCGUUCCCGCGGCAGCUCUGAGGGAAAAGGUGAAGACCCAAGUGACCAAAGCAGCGGAGAGUCUGGACCUGCCUAACCCGGAUGAAGAAGCAUGCGAAAUUAAUUACGCUGAGUUGUGCCCCGCAGGAUGGGGUGAUUGGGGAAAUGGAGACAACUGCAUAAGUCCUGUUACGUACCACGGACCGUGUAAAAAUAAAAUGGUCUCGUUUGUGAAUUCCACUCCUACAGAGAAAUACAAAUUUUGUAUCAAGUGUGAUGUGUCAUGGCCAUGCUUACACAGAUGUGGUGAAGAAGAUCUGUUGGAGGAAUGUCCUGAAGGUUGGACCCUUGAAGGAAAGAUUUGUCACGCUCCUAAAUCUUACAUUGGCAAAUGUGUGAGGAAAAAAAUUUUUACAAAUUUUUCAAGAGAAGAAAAAAAGGCAUGGGCAGAUGCGUGUGAUAUCAGGUGGCCUUGCAAAAAAAAAAAUUACAAUUUUGAUGAGCUCUGUCCGCACAACUGGAUGCCCACUCCGGAUAAUAAACACUGCUCUGCGAAUAGCUCUUAUGUGGGACCGUGUGGUUCUAUAUUAUAUUUGUACAAUCUGAAGGAGGAGGAGAAAAGGUUUUUAAUGAACAAGUGUAAUGUUGAAUGGCCCGUUAGAGGGAGUGAGGAGGAGAGCAAGGGAAACGAUUUUGUGUGUCCUUUGGGGUGGAGAAUUCACACAUCGCAUAAUAAGGGAGGAGGGACUACCUGUUCUCCCCCCAAUUCGUACAACGGUCCCUGUACCCAGAGUGAAGAAAUAAAAAACAUAUCCUUUGAACAUAUGAGCAAGGAAGAAAAGUAUGAACUGUCCCGGAGGUGUGACUUUAUGUGGCCCUCUACAUUUGACCGGUAUCAGAAUUUCGAGUUGGCUUGUCCUUAUAAUUGGGUUCUAGUAGAUGCAGUAGAACACAUUUGCGCAGCUCCUGUGGAGUACACUGAACCGUGUAACAACAUUUCCUCCUUCAAAGGUUACACUCACGAAAUGAAGGCUGCCUGGGCCGCCCGAUGUAAAGCCCCUUUUGUCAACGAGGCCACAUUCCAAAUGGGGCGCAAAUACAAAAAGGGAAAAAAAAUAUUUGGCCUCAACAGAGACGUGAACAGUAGCAAUAUUCUCCUUGCACAUGCACCUUGGCUCAGGGAUGGUCCCAUAGGGUCCGCCACGUCCAAUUAUCAUAGAGGCGAUCGUAGCUCUGCAACGAAUAGGCAGUUUCUGCCCAACCAUGAUGAAUCGUUAAUGCGUAGAAGCGGCGGGGCCUUACUACCUCUAACUGAACGGAGCAAUGAAGACCCUCCCCACGAAUUUAUCCUAAGCGAUAAGAAGAUCACGGAGCUUCUUCUUCUUAAGCAGGCAUCCACGGAUCAUGAGUUACGGAGGAGCAUUGAUGAGGUUGUGCAGAUGUUGAGGAGGGGGUACUCCCCCAGGGGGGCAAAUGCAUUUUCCUUUCUCCAGGUCAGGUCAAAGCAGCCACACUCUAGCAGGUCUACAAAGGCUUCUCACAAACAACUCGACAUGGCAUCUUCAAUUGUGGAGACGGCCGAAACACAGCUAGGGCAGAACGACACCUAUGAAGAGUCCCCUCCGCAUGGUUCAGAUGCCCCACUCAGAGCAGAAAUACAGCAUUUAAGCGAAAUGAAAAACUUGUAUAAGAAUUAUCAACUCGACAAAGCAGACCAGUCAUACUAUGAGCACAUGUGCCUUGAAAAAAAUUACUCCGAGUGCCCUGUGGGGUGGACUAAAUUAAGUGCUAAGCAAUGCAUGGCUCCGAGUUGGUAUAGAACUAACGUGCACAAGUGCAGCUCCAUGAUAAACCUAAACGACUUGACUAGAAGCUUGUACGACGUAGCUCAUGACAUGUCCUUCAUCUCAUUCGAUGAAGAAAAAAUAAAGAAGCUCGAGAAGAAAUGUGGACUGGAAUUCCCUUGCAAGGACUGCGAACGGGAUUACGUGCAAGUGUCUUGUCCCCUCGGGUGGACUGAAACGAAUGACGAGUGGUGUGAAGCUCCCGCAGAUUACCCACCACACUUGAAAGAGAUAUGUGGAACCAAUGUCAAUUUUAAGUAUGCCACUCCACUUAUUAGACGUAACUGGAGUCUGUUAUGUAGGUCCGACUGGCCGUGCUUUUCUCCCUGCGAGAAGAACUACGGGGCGGUGUGCCCCGUUGGGUAUGAGCUGAUAAACGAACGCUUGGACGCCGUUGGCGGGGGGACCAUUCAUGUCUGCGUGAAUCGGAGCUGGGCCCCCAGUCGCGUAGAAGAUGCCCAUAUAGAAGCUGGCCGUGUACAUGCUGCCCAUGUAGAAGUUGGCCAGGUAGAGGAUAACUGGACAAACGCGUGUCUUGUGAUUGAAGUGUACAAUAGCGUUGAGAUAAAAAAACAAAUAGAACGGAAAUGCAGAAUCAUUUGGCCCUGCCUGGAAAAGUGCGUGCAAGAUUACCACCAGACGUGUCCAUACAACUGGCUCCUCAAGGAGAACAACUGCAUAGCUCCAUACCAUUACAGCCCCCCCCAGGGGUGUUCCAAAUCGUUUGCAGUGAGAUCGUUUAGCUCCUUCAAUAAGUACCUCUUCUCAAAUAAAUGUUUCGCUCCUUGGCCAUGCAUCAACGCUUGCCAACAGGACUGGUCCCAACCAUGCCCCGCGCACUGGGCUCUGGUGACACGAAGAAAUGGAAAAAGUGUCGUCGAUCAGAAGACAGCCUCCUCCAGUUCUCACUUCUGCAAACCGCUAAAACGCUACAUGCAUAGGGGGGUGUGCACAGAUGAAUAUUACGAUUUGACCACAUUUACCUUUUUACAAAAACAAGAAUUUUCCCAUCGUUGUGGUGUUAGGUGGCCAUGCGGUAGUAGCAGCUCUCAGUUGUAUUCCCCCAAUUGGCAGUCGGAGAAGGUUUACAAGGAUGUAGGGUUCCAGCGGCUACGGACGCUGCGUUUUUAUGAUACCCACUACGCCUCGAGGUACGCCAAGUUGGGCUCUUCCUUUUUCUAA